ACGAAAGAGGAAAGAAUGAUGCAGCUCUCAAUCCCAAGAGUGGGAAACCUCAAGGCUUUUAGAACGGCGUCUUCGAGUCCUCCGAGAGUUCCCAAUCUGAUUGGAGGUGCUUUUGUUAAUUCGCAUUUGACUGCGUCAAUCGACGUUAUAAAUCCAGCAACGCAAGUUCCCUUGACCACGAAUGAGGAGUUCAAAGCCGCGGUGUAUUCUGCAAAGAAGGCGUUUCAAACAUGGCGCAACACACCUGUCACGACCCGUCAAAGGAUCAUGCUUAAGCUGCAAGAGCUUAUUAGGAGAGACAUUGAUAAGUUAGCCUUAAAUAUCACAACAGAACAGGGGAAGACAUUGAAGGAUGCACAUGGUGAUGUGUUUCGUGGGCUAGAGGUCGUACAGCAUGCUUGUAAUACAGCAACUCUGCAAAUGGGGGAGUAUGUUUCAAACGUAUCAAAUGGAAUUGACGCGUAUAGUAUUAGAGAGCCACUUGGUAUAUGUGCUGGGAUAUGUCCAUUCAACUUUCCAGCAAUGAUUCCAUUAUGGAUGUUCCCAAUUGCAGUUGCAUGCGGGAAUACGUUUAUCCUAAAGCCAUCAGAAAAAGAUCCAGGUGCUUCUGUACUGCUAGCAGAGUUGGCAAUGGAGGCAGGUUUGCCUGAUGGUGUCUUAAAUAUUGUUCAUGGAACCAAUGAUAUUGUUAAUGCAAUUUGUGUUGAUGAUGAUAUCAGAGCUGUAUCAUUUGUGGGUUCUAAUACAGUAAUGACACAUAAUAUAGUUGCCUUGAUAAACUACUUUCUUCAGUCGAACAUGGGCGCUAAAAAUCAUGCAAUUGUCAUGCCUGAUGCCAGUCCUGAUGCUACUUUGAAUGCUCUAGUUGCUGCUGGUUUUGGUGCCACAGGACAGAGGUGCAUGGCACUCAGCACAGUUGUUUUCGUCGGAGAUUCAAAGUCAUGGGAAAAUAAACUUGUGGAGUGUGGCAAAUCGCUGAAAGUAAGGGCUGGCACAGUACCUGAUGCUGACCUUGGGCCUGUGAUUAGCAAGCAAGCCAAGCAACGGAUUUGCAACUUAAUACAAUCUGGUGUUGAGAGUGGUGCCAGGCUAUUGCUUGAUGGGAGAAAUAUAGUGGUCCCCGGUUACGAGCAUGGAAAUUUUAUUGGCCCUACGAUCUUAUCAAAUGUUACAACUGACAUGGACUGCUACAAGGAAGAAAUCUUUGGUCCAGUUCUUCUCUGCAUGGAGGCCAACAGUCUAGAAGAGGCCAUAAACAUUGUAAACAGAAACUGAUAUGGCAACGGUGCUUCUAUAUUUACUACAUCUGGGGUAGCUGCACGGAAAUUUCAAACAGAAAUUGAGGCUGGGCAGGUCGGUAUCAACGUGCCUACUCCAGUUCCCUUGCCCUUUUUCUCCUUUACCGGCAACAAGGCAUCUUUUGCAGGAGAUUUGAACUCCUAUGGCAAGGCAGGUGUUAACUUUUUCACCCAGAUCAAAACGGUGACUCAGCAAUGGAAGGAAUUACCAGGCAGCAGUGUAGUUAAUCUUGCCAUGCCAACUUCUCAAAAGGCAUAGUUGCCUUGCAAUAUAUUGUACCAUUCUGGAACACAUGGCAAUAAAUCAAUACCAAGGUCUCUUCUUCCCUUA